AUGGCUACCCUCACAGACCAUGAAGUCGUCUACGGCGACAAGAAGAUUCACUACUUGGCAGCUGGCCCAGUAGAUGGCCCCUUAAUUCUCUUUAUCCAUGGAUGGCCAGCUACGGCUAUCACUUGGAAAGCCCAGCUUGAUGCCUUUGCUGCCGUGGGCUUCCGAGCCAUCGCUCCCGAUAUGCCUGGCUACGGCCACUCGACCGCCCGUCGAGUCGCUGACGAUUACUGCCUGGAAGCUAUUAUGGAGGGCAUGGUGGCCUUGUUAGCUGACACUGGCCGCAAGGCAGCUAUCUGGGUAGGCCAUGACUGGGGUUCUAUUGUGGCAUCAACGGUCGCGAUCCAGCACCCUCAAACCGUCAAAGCUCUCGUGAAUAUGUGUGUGCCAUACUCAACGAUUGAGCUUGGUUGGGAUCAGUUCCUUCCGUUGGUAAACCGUGAAAUCUAUCCAGCAGACGAAUAUGAGAUGGGUCAAUGGGAUUACAUGAAAAUGUACGAGGAAAACUUUGAAAAGUCCAUCGACUGGUUUGAUAGUGAUAUUGCUGGAUUCUGCACGGCCAUGUUACAAAAGCCAGGCCCACGGCCGGACCGGUAUGCCCCUGACAGGUUUUCGAAAGUGCGGAAGAUCGGGUGGUUUAACGGCUUGCCAAAGCCGCCGAGUGUGGAGCAGCUUGGACCCCCCGUUCUUCUGGCGGAUGUUGCCGACUCUUUUAUCAAGGAUAUGCAAAAAACUGGGUUUUGGCCAGGUUCUGCGUAUUAUCUGCAUCAUAAACGCAAUGCGGAGUAUAAUGGAAAGAAGGAGAGAAAGUUGACGCAGCCGGUGAUGUUUAUCCAUGGACUAUGGGAUUUGGUGCUCGAUACAAAGUCAUCUCGCCUGAUCGAGCCCAUGAGAGAAAAUUGCUCGAACUUGACAGAGGUCACUAUCGAUGCGGCACAUUUUGUGUCGUUUGAGAAGCCUGCCGAAGUGAAUGCGGCCCUGUUCCGAUUCAUAUUGAAUUCGCUUCCGAGUGAGUGGCCCGGAUUCUGGAAUAGUGGGUAUACUCAGAACAAGUCUUGA